AUGUAUUGUGGAGGGGGGCAGUAUGAAAAUGGUGGUUCUUGUCGUGCAUGUCCUGUUGGGACCUGGUCACACGGUGGUUAUGGUAUUACUUCGUGUACUCCGUGUAGUUGGGGCGAGUCUGCAGUUGUAGGAUCGUAUGAUUGUGUUGCAUGUAAAGCAGGAUAUUACGCAAAUUCAUCCGUUUCAAGUUGCCCCAUUUGCCCGGCAGGUACGUUUUCGCCGGCUGGAGCAUCAAAAUGUACUUAUUGUGGUGGUGGCCAAUACCAACCAAGCUCUGGAUCUUCUAAGUGUAAAGUGUGCACAGCGGGUACUUAUGCAACUAAUGGAGCAGCUACAUGUAGUAAUUGUCCUGCGGGUUCAUAUUCCCUCGAUGGAGCAUCCUUUUGUCCUUCAUGUUCUGCUGGUUAUUCUUCUUACAGUGGGUCAUCUUCAUGUUAUAAAUGUUCAGCAGGGACAUAUGCGACUUCUGGAUCGUCUUCAUGUUAUUCAUGUUCAGCAGGAACAUAUGGACCUUCAAGUGGAGCAUCUUCAUGUUAUUCGUGUUCUCCCGGUACAUAUUCUUCUUCUGGUUCAACUUCAUGCAGUUCAUGUCCAGCUGGCAAAUCUUCAAAUGGCGGAGCAUCUUCAUGUACUCCAUGUUCGGCAGGUACAUAUUCGUCGAGUUCUGGAUCUACUUCAUGUGGAACAUGUUCUCCCGGUACAUAUUCUUCUUCUGGUUCGACUUCUUGUUCUUCGUGUCCAAAAGGUACAUUUUCAAAUUACGGAUCGUCUUCAUGUAGUAAUUGUCCAGCUGGCACAUAUGGAUCUACCACUGGUUUAUCUUCAUGUCCUUCGUGCUCAGCUGGUUAUUAUUCAUCAAGUGGUUCAACGUCAUGUUCAAUAUGUUCAGCUGGUAAAUAUUCUUCUAGUGGUUCAUCUUCAUGCACUUCGUGUUCUGCUGGUACAUAUUCAUCAACUUCCGGAUCUCCUUCCUGUACAUUAUGCACCGCUGGAAAAUAUUCAUCCAGUUAUGGUUCAACUUCUUGUUCAACAUGUCCUGCUGGUACUUUUUCUUCCAGUGGGUCAUCUUCAUGUUCUGUGUGCUCAGCAGGUACAUACGCGUCUUCUGGAGCAUCUUCAUGUACCAAAUGUUCAAUGGGUUAUUACUCAUCAUCUUCUGGAUUUUCCACUUGUAUUUCAUGCCCAGCAGGCAAAUAUUCAUCAUCUACUGGUUCUACAUCAUGUUCAACAUGUCCGGCUGGCAAAUAUUCAUCUUCUGGGGCAUCUGUUUGCAUUUCUUGUCCAAGUGGUCAAUAUUCGGCUUCAUCUGGAUCUUCUAUAUGUACAAAGUGCCCAGCUGGUACAUACUCAUCAAAUGGUUCAUCUGCUUGUUCUUCAUGUAAAGAUGGAGAGUACAGUUUAAGUGGUUCAUCUAUAUGUAAAAUAUGCAAUUCCACGUGUGCCACGUGUUAUAUAACCAAUGGAAAUUGUAAAACAUGUAAACCUGGAUAUGCAUAUACUCCCAGUACUGGAUGUACAAUAUGUCAAGCUUCUUAUUUUUCGAUAGGUGGAACAUCGUCAUGUUCAAAAUGUCCAAGUAAUACUUAUUCAUUAGAAAAAUCUUCGGAGUGUUUAUCUUGCAGUGAUAAAUGUGCAACGUGUAAUCAAAUGAAUGGAAAUUGUAUAACAUGUGUAAAUGGAUAUGGUCUCGAAGCCGGAGUUUGUAAAUUAUGCCCAGCUGGUACUUUUGCAAAUUCGAGUUCAUGUGUUACAUGUGGAGAUAUGACAUAUUCUUUAGGUGCACAAACAUACUGUGAUAAUUGUGACACUAUAUGUAAGACAUGUGAUAAAACAAAUGGACAUUGCACUUCUUGUUAUAGUGGGAAGGGUAUUUCAGGAAAUAGUUGUGUUGUAUGUCAAGCUGGUUAUUACAGCUUAAAUAAUCAAUGUGAAAAAUGUCCUUUGGGUACUUUUACGGAUAGUAAUGGAAAAGACAACUGUGAAACUUGUGGAGAUUACAACUUUGUGAACGUAACUGGAUCAACAACUUGUUUACCAUGUGAUACAUUAUGUGCAGUCCAAUGUGAAAAGACGAGUGGAAAUUGUUCAACAUGUGUUGGCGGGUAUGUAGCAACUGAAGGUGUUUGCAAGAUGUGUUUGGGUGGUACAAAGUCCAAUUCUAUAACUAAUUUAUGUGAUAAGUGCCCAGCAGGUACUUAUUCAAAUAACAAAUCAUCAAGUUGUUCAAAUUGUAAAAACUUGGAAUUUUCACUUAAAGGUUCUUCGUCUUGUCAAACCUGCAAUUCAGUAUGUCGAGAAUGCAAUUCCACAAACGGGAAUUGUACAGCUUGUUUUGAUGGAUAUGGUAUUUCCAACAGUUUUAGUUGUGAAAUGUGCCAAGAAGGUACUUUUUCAUUUGACUCUAAAUGUACAAAUUGUGAAGAAAUGAAUUAUCAAGACGAAAAAGGCAAAACUACUUGUAAAAAGUGUAAUUCUUCAUGUUCAACAUGUGAUAAGACAAAUGGCAAAUGCACUAAUUGUAAAGCUGGAGAUGGUUUUAAUAAAACAGAAGGUAGUUGCACAACAUGUACACCAAAAACAUAUUCGACUGGUAACACUUCCGAAUGUGUGAGUUGUCAAAGUGAAUGUACCAAUUGUUUUAAAGAAACUGGAUAUUGUUCUUCUUGUGAAGAUGGCUUUAAAACAAAAGAAAACAAGUGUGUAAGUUGUUCAUUAAAUGGAAAUUGUACAUCUUGCAAUACAACCGGAGACGAACAAAAUUGGGUGUGUAAAAAAUGUGAAAAUGGACUUUAUCUAGAUAACAACAAUUGUAUUCUUUGUGAAGAAAUUGCACAUUGUGCGUCGUGUUCACAAACUCAAAAAGAGUGUUUAUAUUGUCAUGAAGAUUAUGUAACAGAUGGAAACAAAUGUUUUAAAUGUGAAGAAGGAAAAGUAAAAAAUGGAGACAAAACGUGUAUUGAUAUAUGUUAUUUAAUUCCAAAUUGUAAAAAUGGGUAUUAUGAUAAUGCUACUUUAAAAUGCACCGAAUGUUUCGAACCAUUUGAACUUACAAGUGACUCAUUAUCAUGUUUUGCAAACAAAGAUUACCAAAAGUUUUAUUAUGAUAAACAAACCAACACUUUCAAAGAAAAUGAUGUCAAUUGCACAAAUCAAAUUUACUCGACAUGUUACGUGUGUCAAGACUCAAUUUUAUUAAAUGGAAAAUGUGAAAAGUUUGAUGACAAUUGUAAGAACAGUGCAAUUAAAGGGUGUGAUUUGUGCAAAGAUUCUAUUUUAACAUCAUCAAACAAUUGUACAAAAGAUGAAAAAUGCAAAUAUCAACUCAAUAAAAAUGAUACAAUGGAAUGCCUUCAAUGUGUCAAUGACACUGUUUGUGGUCUCAAAGAAGAAGAGUGUUCAAUUUCGCAAAAUUCGUAUUGUUAUACAACAAAAGAAGGUUCAUAUACAAAUAAAAAUGACAUUAUACCAUGUGAGAGUGGAAAGGUUUGUGCGUUAAUUGAUGGAAAAGAGUUGGAUUUUGAAUGUGAAAAAGAAACAAUAUUAACACGAAACAACGUCUGUACAAAAGAUCCCAAUUGUUUAAUAUCAAAAGGUAAUUACUGUGUCAAGUGUGUUGAUGAUUAUCAUAUUUAUAAUGGUUGGUGUGAAUUAAAUAAUAACGACUGUGACACUCAAAAUAGAGAUUUUUGUGUUUGGUGCAAAAGUCAUAUUGGUGAUGGCCAUGAAUGUUACAAUCAAACUAAAAUAAAUUGUCCUUCCUUUAAUGAUACUUGUGUAAAAUGUGAAGAAAAUAAUUACAAAACAGAAACAAAAUGUGAAUUGAUUGAAGAUGUUUUUCCCAAUUGUAAAAAUGUGUACAAAAUGUGUGUUGAUUGUCAAGAAAAUUUCAUUCUUGAAAGUGGAGAUUGUUUACACAAAAAUGAAACAAACACUUCAUCAGAAACAAAUGAGACAACAAAAACAACUUUUAAAAAUGAAAACGAUUCAAAUUGCAUCGAAAAGACAACGAAAGGAUGUGUCCGUUGCUCUGAUACAUAUUAUCUUAAGGACUACAAGUGUAUUAAAUGUGAGUAUCCAUGUGUGAAAUGUAAGAACUUAACAUAUUGUACUGGAUGUGAUGCUUAUUCGUACACAAACAACAAAGGCGAAUGUAUUGAAAUUAACGAUUUACUCUCAAAGUGUGAUUUGGUGAUGGCAACAUACACUGGGUGUGUUGUUUGCAAAGAUGGAUAUAUGCGGUCUUCUGAUGGGAAAACUUGUGAAAAAUGUCACAUGUCUUGUAAAACAUGUACAAAUGAUGGAACAUGCAUAUCAUGUAAUAAUGAAUAUUACAGAACAGCAACUAAUAACACUAAAUAUUGUACGAUUCAAAGUGAGUUGAACAACUGUUUAAAUAAGACAAUAAGUGGGUGUUAUGAAUGUGAUAAUGGAUUUUAUAUAUCAAACAACCUUUGUAAACCAUGCAACGAGAAAUGUACAACUUGCACAUCACUAGAUUAUUGUACAAAUUGUACUGAAAAUAAUGUAUUACUUAAUGAUAUAUGUACAUCGUUUACAGAAAUACCAAAUUGUAUUUCCGCGUCUUCUAACAAGUGUGAUAAAUGUGCUGAGAAGUAUCAACUUAACACGAAUAAAUAUGUAUGUGAAGAUCAGACCAAUUAUGGUAUAUUAAUUGGUAUUCCAAUUGCCUCUUUUGUUUUAAUAUUAUUCAUUAUAGCCAUUAUCAUCACUAUAUUAAUAUUUGUGAUCUUACACAAGAAAGAGGAGCAUGAGAUGGUGAAUGUCUGUGUAUUUAAAAUAGAUCGAUCUAACAUAAGAAUGACUGAUUUAGAUAAAGGGAUAGUUUCCAAUAAAAAACAAUUGAUUUUUGGAGAAGGAGUCCUAAACCCUGUAGAAGAAGAAGUUCGUGAAUUAAUUUGUAUUGGUAACACCCAACACAGAAAUUUGAAAAUUCAAUUCACAACAAAAGAUCUUUGUGACAAAUUCAAAGUCCGGACUUCUCCACAAAUUGUGAAUUUGAAAAGAGGUGAAGCCUGUGAAUUUGAAGUGUUUUUGACGUUAUUUUGUACCACUGAUUUAGAAGACGAAAUACUGUUGAUAUCACUCGACUUAAAAAGUGGACAAAAGGUGAUGACUCCAAUUAAAAUAUAUGCCAAAACAGAACUUUCAACUAAACUCGAUUACGAAGAAGUCAAAGUCGAUAAAAAGUUAGGAGAAGGGUCUUUUGGGAUAGUUUACAAAGGGACGUAUCGAGGAAAUGUCGUCGCAAUUAAGAAGAUGAAACAGUCGAUGAAUGAAGAUGGUAAAGAGAAAGAGUUUAGAAAUGAAGUUUCUAUGUUAGACAAGAUACGGAGUGAUUAUAUCGUCCACUUCUAUGGAGCUGUUUUCAUACCGAAAAAGAUUUGUAUGGUCACCGAAUUUGCUCAAUUUGGGAGUUUGCAAGACGUCUUAAAAAGGAUGAAAGGCGUAGAAGUUCGCAUGAAAUUGCGAUUUAAAGUGUGUUUGGAUGCCGCUCAAGGAAUUCAAUAUUUACACACAAAUGGGAUAUUACAUAGAGACAUCAAGCCAGACAAUUUCCUUGUGUUUUCACUUGACUAUGGCGACGAAAUUACUGCAAAACUGACUGAUUUUGGAAGUGCACGAAAUAUCAAUUUGUUGAUGACUAAUAUGACCUUUACUAAAGGUGUUGGCACACCAAAGUAUAUGGCGCCAGAAGUUCUUGAUAGAAAGAAAUAUAAAAAGGCUGCUGAUGUGUAUUCCUUUGCAGUGACUAUGUUUGAAGUGUUAGGAUGGUGUGAAGCUUUUGAUAAGAAUGAUGAAAGAUUCAAAUUUGCAUGGAAUAUAGCCGAUUUUACUUCUGCAGGUAAAAGACUUGUUAUACCAGAAACUAUACCAGAACAAGCAAGAAACUUAAUUGAAAAUGGAUGGAAACAAGACACUAAAGACAGAAUACCUAUUGAGACUAUUAUUGACGAUCUACAACAAUUCUUAAAAUAA